CUGGAAUUAAGAGGAACUGAAAUUAUUCCUGAUAAGUCCCUUCAAGCUCAUUUGCAUUGUCCCUUCUGUCUUCAAUUUUCCACUGUUUACAACUGAUUAGUACUAUUGACAACAGUCAGAAAGGUGGUUCGAAGAUGAUGGAGACCAAUCAGCAAGCAGAGGAAUUGCCCAAUGUUAAGAAGCCUAGAAAACGCUUCAAAAAAUUGUUUGCUCAGGUGCAACAACAGAUGGAGUUCUACUUCAGCGAUGCAAAUCUCAACAAGGACAGAUUCAUGACCAAACUGGUUGCGGAGUCUGAAUCGGGCAAGAUUGGACUCGAUGUUUUCAUGAAAUUCAACAGGAUAAAGUCUCUGUGCACCGAUGAAGAAAUGUUGGCAAAAGCACUCAGGAAAUCCAGAUUAUUGGAGGUAAAUGAAAAAUCUGUACAAAGAAAAAUUCCCUUCAAGCCUCGGGAGAAGACUGAUGUUGAUGAUAGGACCAUUUAUGUCGAGUGCCUCCCGCCUCAUGCAGACCACGAAAUGUUGAAGAAAAUCUUCAGUGCCUAUGGUAACGUCUUGUUUGUCAGUCUGCCCAAAUACAAGUCGUCAGGGGACCUGAAGAAUUUCGCAUUUAUUGAAUUUGAGAAGAAGGAGCAGGCUCACAAAGCUGUUGAUUUGAUGAAUAGCAGUGAUGUUGCAGACAAGGCUGGCCGCUUUCCUAAGAUGCACAACAAGCAGUGGCAAUCAUUACAGAAGCAAGCGGAUACAAGAACCAGCAUAGAUGAAAGCGAAACUGCUCGACCCGGGAAAAAGAAAAGACGUCAUGCAAGUGGGGAUAGUACGGAUGGAGAGGACGGAAGUAGUGCCAAAAGGCCCCGGGGUAUUGGUUCAGAGGGGGAGGAGCAAGUUGGCGAGAUUCCAGCUGAAGGCACCAAAAAACGAAAAAGGGAUACCAGUGAAUGUAGUGAGGGGGACAGUGGACCCAUCGAGGGUCAAAAGAAGGGCGGUAAAGAUCGUCGACGAUCAAAAGAGAAGUUGCAAAAGACAGGUGAACUUGAGUCUGAUUCUGAUGGAAAAAUUAACUUGAAAAAAGUAAAGCAAGAGACGAAAUCUGGUGUUUCUGGGUCAGAUACAGAGGUGAGGGGUACUAAGGGGGCAUCUGAAUCUGAUGUGGAAAAGACUGAAGUCAAGGGGCCCAUGAAAGGGAUUCUUAAACAGGAAUCUAGGGAGGAUGAUGCAAAGGCAAAGAAACGAAAACUGGAUGAAGGUGGAAGUGAUAGUGAUGCUAAACGGGUUAAGAUCGGUGAGAAUGUGGUCAUGCAUCCGAUUACGGAAAAGAGGAAACGCCGUCAUCCGAAUCGAGAUCAUAGGCGACAUGAAAAGGAUCCAGAUUUGAAUAUGAGGGUUCUUACAAAAAAGCAGUGGUUGGAUUUGAAGAAGGAGUACCUUAACCUUCAGAAAGAGAGUAUGAAAGCGUUAAAGAAAUCUGUUCAGGAAAAGAAAGUAAAAUCCAGCAAUCCAGAUCCAGCGGAAAAAGGCAGGCCUGCCAUCGAGUUUACACCAAACGUUAUCAUUCGAGUGAAAAUUGACCCGUUACGGAUGCCCAUGACCAGACAACAGAUCAAGGAGAGAUUAAAUCCUGAUGCCAUAGCGUACGUGGACAUGAAUGAUGGAGAUCAAAAUGGACACAUUAGGUGUAAAAGUGAUGUGGCAGCAAAGCUUGUGAUCGAGUCAAAAGUAGAUGGUGUGAAUGUUAGUCUUUUACAAGGUAAUGAUGAGACAUCGUACUGGGAAAAAAUCACCGCCGACCGGGAACAAAAGUUGAAUUCAAAACGAAAGAAAAAGCGAGGUGCACAGAAGGUGAUUGAAAAAAUUGACCGGAUAGUUGCAGCAGACGCGAGCAAACAGAAGCAUGUCUUCUUUGAUGAUGACUGAUGGUGCGAUCCUUCAAUCAAAUUGUGCUUAAAAACUACUGCCACACUGGAUAGUGGGAGACUCCAGUUCAGAAUCAAAAUAUUGACAUUUUUACAUUUCACUUGACCUUGCAAAUGGACAUUCAGCCUCCUUGUCCCUGGCAACCAUCUUUUGCCAACAUCAGGAACACUGAUAGCACUGGUUACUUACGAUUCUUGUCUAAAUUUGUUGUAUGUAUUGUCAUCAGUUGAUGCUAGGGUUGAGACCAGCACUUAUCCCACGCAUGUAUGUAUUGGGUUAAAUAAGCAUUUACUGUUAAA